AUGGCCCCUAAGAUUUCUCAUGUCCCACUCAUCGUCCCACCAGAUCUUGACUGCUAUGAGGGAUCUUUCCAGAUGCUCUUCCAGCACUUCCUUUCACGAUCGAUGCCGUCAAUGUCCGUCGACAACGUCGACACUGAGCUUUACGUCAGCACCCUGCUCCCUGUCAUCGUGAGCGACAAUCUGGUACUUCGGUCUGUCCUAGCGCUCAGCAGCUUGCAGUACAUGCUGAGCCACCCUGAGAAUGAUAAGGCUCUCAAGCUUGCUAGCACUUGCUACUCCAAAGCCUUAUCCGCAAUGAGGGCUCGUGUUGCGUUGAGCGGGACUGGCGCCCAGGACGACCGGCCGGACUGCCUCUGUGCGGCGAGUCUGAUGCUGGCCUUGACGGAAUCUGCUCGCGGAGACUCGACCCGAAACCACGUCGACUUUGCCAGCCACGUACUCCAGAACAUGUCAAAUUCGUUAUACAGGAACAUGCUGAGGGUCUGCAUGUUCCUGCGCGUGGAUGAAGCUGUGGAGACCAUCCCUUCACCCUUCACAUCCGCUCAACUUGUCAAUCAAAUGGACAUGCCCAUACUCGCCGGUCACCUGUGGGACGCUGAACACAGAGCCUCGGCGACAGAGCUCAGCGAAGAGUGCGGACUCUUCCAGACGCCGUUCAUUGCUGGGCUUCUGACGAUCCAUCAUCUGGCCCGGCUCCGAGCCGCGGACGGCGCGGCCAACAUCGACAAAGACGAACGCGUCACACAACUAUUGGCGAUUGAGAUGCAAAUCAUGUCGUGGGAGCCAGCACUACCACACACAAGCCUGCGAGUGCGGCAAGUCUGGACGCUGUGGCGAUUGGCUAUGCUCAUACUGCUUUACGAAUCACCCGUGGACGGCAAAUUCUGGCAAGCAUCGCGGCGAAACGACUGCUACGAGUCUUUCAUGAAGGAGUUGAAGUUGGUGCCAAAGGGGCAUGAGAGCAUCGGAGUGAUGCUGUGGCCAAUCUCGAUGGCCGGAUCCUGCGCGCAGUCUUCUGCUCACAGGGAGCUGAUUCAGCAGCAACUCACUGAGUCGUGCGACACUCUGUCUGCGAGAAUGCUAGCUGUGGUUGCAAACAUGCUUCAGCAGAUGUGGGACGGAACUGCGGCGAAUCUUGCAGACGAUAAGAGAGAAGAAGAGCUGGUGAUUGACCCAAGCCUCAUCUCGCCGGAAAGCCUGCAAGAAGCAUGA